CUCGACAACUCGAAUGGCGACACAAUCUCACGGCAUCUCGCUAUGGCUCGUACCCUCGAUCGAAGCAGAUCACCACUCGACCAGCCCUACCGAACGGCUCUCCAUGCUCAUCGGUCGACUAGCGCAUGCGAAUGAGACGCCCGUCUUUGCACCCCAUGUCACUUUGCAUUCGCGGUUGCCCCUCGAGACAGAUAUCUCUUCACUUGUGGAUACAAUCCGAGGCGUCAUCGGAACGGGUCCUGCACCAUCUGAGCUCGUGUUCCGAGACGUGCGCGAAGGCGGCACUGUUUUCCAAUGCGUUCUUGCAGCUAUCGAACCUGACAAGUCACUGUCCGGUCUGCAUGAUCGUCUGAGAGCGGCCCUCCAGCCUUUCGGACUGGGCGAUCAAGCCGACUACUUUCCGCAUCUUUCGCUGGUCUAUGGUGACCUGACGAGCGCACACAAGCUCGCGAUCGUGCAAGAGAUCAUGGUCCAAGAUGAGACCUUGGCCAGCGAUGGUACCUGUCGAUUGUGCGGCAUGUCAAGCUUCGCUCUGGGCGAACUGCAGGUCGUAAGGACUGCCAGUUCAGAUCCAUCAGAAUGGCAAUGUCUCGCUCGUCUGGCUCUGUAGAACGAUAGCAUAGUGACAACAACAUCAUGGUGUAGACUCCUCUAGCUGAAUGUACCCGAACUGAACCGACCGCCCAGGGCUUUUGCAUCCAUGAGCAUCGUCUUGCGCUCCUUCUCGCCGAGCAUCUUCCCACUCACGCCCAUCAUGGUGUCUCUGUCCCAUAUAGCAGCAGGAGGUGGCGAGGGAGACCCCCGACGACGUUUCUUUCCUUCUGCGCGGUCUUGUGCCUUUUGACUUGCACUCUUCUCGUGCAUCUCCACAAGUGUCUCUGCUC